GGUGGCGCUGUGCAAUAUCUGUUUAGAUGUUCUCUGCCACACUGCUUUCUUUCCUUUUCAACAGCGCAGAGCUGGGCGGAGUCACGUGUGCAUUUUAGUCUCUGUCAUUGAAAUAGCAUAGAACUGCACUGUAAAGCAAAUUGUAAAUACUGUAUAUUUUGAAUUAUCCAUUAUCUUAACAGUGGAUACAGAAUGCUACUGAAUGCAUCGCCAGAGACCCAAACCCAAGCCUGUCUUUUGUUCUACAAGAAUUUAGAAGUGAAAAAUGUGCAUGUAGACAUCGUUGGCAGAAUGAUUAAGUUUCUAGAAAAGAUGAGCGAAUGUGUAAGGAGCUCGGCGAAGCGAUGCAGAGGGAGAAGCCUGGACGAGGCGCUGCAGCUGUUGCAAGGCAUUGCUGUGGAGGAGCUGAGCACACUAGACAAGAGUCACAUCCUCCCUGUGGUGCAGCUUGUUCUUCUACUGCAGCUGGAGACAGUCACAAACUCUACUGCCUUCAAGAAGCUAGAGCUGAUUACAUUGAAGCUAGCGGAGGUGAAUAAGCCUCUUGUGGAAACAGAGAUCGAGACGUGCAUGAGCAAUAUUGUCAGCACCAAGCAGAUUUUAUCUGUAAAGGAUCUCCAGACAGUGGGCACGUUUUUGGAAGAGAGCAGUAUUGGCUGUGAAAUCUGGAGGGGGAAUCUUCCCUUCUUGUUGUGUAGAUUAGCCAAUACAUUCCCUUGGGUAUUGGAACAGGAGGCAUCUAGGAAUGGAGAAUGGGGCUACCUGACUGUUAAGAUCUGCCUGCAGGUGUUUCAGCUCCUGCCCAGAGAGGUGGCUCCUCUGGUCUGGGCAGAGAACUCCAGCAAUGAGGCUGUGCAGAGCAUUCUCACAUACCUGCUGCAGAUCAUUCGAGGGAAGUCGUCAAACAGAGACACCAGGCUCCUGGCUGGCACUGCAGUAACAAUGCAGAUUAACACAGCUUCUAAAACCCAGGAUGGAGCAGAGGCAGCAGUCAGCCUGUUGCAGCUCACAAACAGAGAGCAGCUGGAGUUCUGCCUGGGCAGUCUGAGGGUGACCGUGUCCGCUGCGGGGCAGGACGGUGUGGACAGGCUGGCUGUGACGAGAGCGCUGCUUACCUGCGGCAGGAAGGACAUCCUAGUGCACAAGCUGGCAUCGAAUGGGACUUGCCUGCUGUUGGAUGUCUUGUUCCCAGCCGUGUCUUGCUUGUGUGAGGAGAAUCUGGACUGCCAUUAUUACACCUUCCAAGGUAAUUAA